AUGGCUAUCAAGAAAGAAGGCCUGAGCGAAUACGAGCUCCAAAGACAAGAGAAGAUUGCCAAAAACCAGGCCCUUUUCCAACAACUCCAACUCGACGCAGCGCAGACCGGCCUCGGGCCCCGAUCGAAGGCCAAACCCGCCUCCUCCGCUACUGGACAGAAGCGCAAGAAGCCCGUGGAGAAAAAAGUCAAGGUCGAUGAUGGACCUCGUAGGACGUCAGCGAGAUUGCAGGGCAUCAUCGCCGAUUCGGAGGUCGCGCGACAGAAAGAGGAAGCGGACACGGAGUUGUUUCAGGAGCAGCAGCGCAUCAAGCGCCAGCGGGUGUCGGAGGAUAUCAACUUGGCGGACGCGAUUGUCAAUGGAAGGACGUGGAAUCGAGCGGGCAACUGGCUCACUGCUGUAGGCCCUGCGAAUCCGGGUCAUCGCACUUUUACUGCGCAAGACAUUAAGGACACCUCGGAUAAGGAGCUGCGCGCUUUGCGAGAGCGCAUGAGUGGUCUGGAGUUGUGGGAGGGUGCGGAGCCGAAUAGGAUCAAGAUCACGCCGGAGAGGAUCUACAGCCUUGGCUUCCAUCCGGGUACGGAUAAGCCAUUGAUAUUUGCAGGCGACAAGCUGGGGAAUCUCGGAAUAUUCGAUGGAUCGCAGACUGCUCCGGAUCGCAUCAAAGCAGAAGCGGACGACGCGGACGAAGACGGCGACGAAGACGAUGAGUUUGAGCCUGCCAUCAGCAGCUUCAAGAUUCAUACACGCACCAUUAGCGCGUUUCAAUUCGAUCCACACGACUCGAAUGCCCUACUCUCCGCCUCCUACGAUUCGUCAAUUCGCAAAUUAGACCUGCAAAAAGGUACGGCCGUGGAGAUCUACGCGCCCGCGGAUAGAGGCGCAGACGAGCCGCUAUCGGGCGUGGAAAUCAGCAGAACGGAUCCCAAUCAGCUGCACUUCACUACGCUGAACGGCGCCUUUGGAAUCCACGAUAUGCGAACGCCCAGCGAUCAGGCGGACAUCCUGUACCUGUCGGAGAAGAAGAUUGGCGGCUUCACCCUGCAUCCUGCGCACCCCCAUAUCGUCGCCACUGCCUCUCUCGACCGGACGAUGAAAGUUUGGGACCUCCGGAAGAUCACCGGCAAAGGCAUGAACAGACAUCCACAGCUUCUGGGCGAGCACACAUCUCCUUUGUCCGUCUCUCACGCUGCCUUCAACUCUGCAGGGCAAGUCGCGACUGCCAGCUACGACGACACGGUCAAGAUUUACGACUUCUCAUCUGCAGGGACAUGGAAGACUGGGCAUGAGCUUACGGAGGCCGAAAUGCAGCCUUCCAAAAUCAUUCCUCACAACAACCAGACCGGGCGGUGGGUUACCAUACUUCGCGCGCAGUGGCAGAUGCAGCCUCAGGAUGGGAUACAGAGAUUCGUGAUUGGGAAUAUGAGUCGAUUCGUUGAUAUCUAUACCGCGCAGGGACAGCAGUUGGCGCAGCUGGGUGGUGAUGCCAUCACCGCCGUGCCGGCCGUGGCCCAGUUCCACCCGACUGAGGAUUGGGUUGCUGCAGGGACGGCGAGUGGGAAGCUUUGCUUGUGGAUGUAA